UUUCCAUCAUGGCGGCAUCCAUUUCAGGUUAUACUUUUAGUUCUGUGUGUUAUCACAGCGCCAACAGCAACUCAGAUCAUGAGGGCUUCCUGUUAGGAGAAGUAAGACAAGAAGAGACUGUCAGCAUCAGUGACACGCAGAUCAGCAGCGCAGAAUUGCUCCAGGUUGUAGAAAUCCAUAACCAUGAUCCUUGUGCACAGUUAUUUAGCUUUUAUGACUACGCAGGCAAAAUCAAUGAAGAGAAUCUCAACAGCAUUCUUAAAGAUAGGCGGAAAAACGUCAUUGGUUGGUACCGGUUCCGGAGGAACACGCAGCAGCAAAUGUCGUUCAGGGAACAGAUCAUCCACAAACAGCUGACUCAGCUGCUUGGUGUGCCCGACCUCGUCUUCCUUCUUUUCAGCUUCAUCUCCACCGCCAACAGCUCCACACACGCACUGGAGUAUGUGCUCUUCAGACCUAACCGCAGUAGGUACAACCAGAGGAUCACCCUCACAAUCCCAAACCUCGGCAACACAAGCCAGCAGGAAUACAAAGUCUCCUCAGUGCCCAACACCUCACUCAACUACACCCAGGUCAUCAAAGAGCAUGGGGCUGAAUUCUUCGACAAAGAUGGUGUGAUGAAGGAUAUCCGAACAAUAUUCCAAGUCUACAGUGCACUGCAAGAUAAAGUGCAGGCUGUGUGCGGGGAGGUAGAACAAAGCGAACGUGUGAAAGAGAAAAUUCAAGAGGAUGUGAACAAACUCAAACAACAAAUCGCUCUCAGGAAACGCAAGACGGCAGAAGAGGAGAGGAGACUCCAUGAGGCCCAAAAUGCAGACUCCCAUUCCACUUCGGAGGAGAACAUAGAACCUUCUGAGGCUUCUCCUCUGUCCCGGAUAACUUUCCACGCACCCUCUGCCCCCGAGCGGCCCAGUACCUCACCUAACCCACCAUCUUAUGCUGACCUCUUGUCCCAGGAUGACUCUCUGCUCUCCACUUCUUCCCCACCUACCAGUGCUGCUCUACUGCCCCGGCCCCAAGCUGUGGGCUCUCCAGGACACCCUACCCCUGGCCCACUGGGGAUGGGCCUGGGCCUCGGGUUGGGCUUGGGCACCAGCUCUAAUCCCGUCACCACUCCCAGCACCCCAUACCUUGGCAAUGGUGACGGGUCAAGCUCUGACUCAUUAGACAGACAGGCUGCGGGGCAGGAAGAUGAUGAAGACGAUGAGGAUGACGAGGAUGACGAAGAUGAGGACAGUAGCGAAUAUGAGAACUUAGUGAGUGAAGCCGCUCAUCUGCCAAUGGCCAGCGUUUUAGCGCAAGGCCGACCGGCUGCCCUUAGUCCUGAUGGGGACGCUCGUGGCUCACAGACCACAUAGAAACAUGCAGGGUGUGUAUGGGACACAAAUAAGUGACACACCUUGAGAGGUGGGCAUCUCAAGCAAUCAAAGAUAGACAAAUAUAGACAAAAAGAAGUGCCAGUCCUGAAAGUGAAAGGCAUGCACAGGUGGUAUCCCGCUGUGAGUAUUUCUUCUUGUCUUAGUCUGAUCUCCAUUUUAAGGGGAAACAUUGCUAUACUUCGCAGGCUUAAAAGUGUGUCUCACUGGGGGGAAAAGUUGUCUGUUUGCGUUUUUCUUUUCUUUUUGGAAUGGGGUCAGUCUGGAUACUUCAGUGUGAACGUGUCUGGUUUCAUGGUCGGAAGUGGAUAUUACAGCGCAAUUUAUGCCAGCUGGUUUGCGAGCCGGCUCCCCAAAGGACAGGCCCUUCUCCACACUUUCCUUAUUGUUUUUGUUUCACAUUUGCAUCACCAACUCUGAGCACCCACUCUUGCAUUACCUCUUGCACUAUUAUUAUUAUUAUUAUUAUUAUUACUACUAAUAUUUUGGCCUUCUUUUAAACAAACCAUCUAUAUAAUCUAGAUAAUGGGGAAAAUAUUGUGCAGCCUUCAAACAACUUUUAAAAUGAUGUAGGCAAAUGGUUGUUUUUUUUAAUUUGAAGAGAUAUAUUUGUUAUUACAAUUUCUUUAACAUGCACAUUUAUCUCAUUUUGAUUUUGGACUUUCUUUUCCAUUUUCCACAGUCUUGUCCAAUUGAUUAAUCGUAAAGUUGCCUAUUUAAAUAAUGAAGAAUAGAUUUCAAACAAAAUUUACUCUGCCACUUCUGUAAUGGGUGCUUUAUAUAUACAUAAAUAUAUAUAUAUAUUUUGUCAGAUUAACAGUUAAUCUAAUUUGAUUGACAAGAAUGUCAAUGUCUUGUUCCUCUUGGAUAACACUGAAAUUGUAUGCGCUUUGCUGCACUUAACAAAAUUUAAGCUUUCUUUAUUAUUGUGCUAUACCAAUGCUGUCAUGUUGUGCCACUUGAGUAGUCCUCUUUGACCACCCUGAGCCACACUCAGCUCAGCUUUUGUGCGUUGUACGGGGUUCACAGGGCAAACACAAUGUACUGUAGCUUUACUAACCAGAUGCUUAAGGUUCCCUUUCUGCUGCUGCAACACAGAGAGCUGCCACUAAAAAAAACUGCAUCUGUCUGUUGUUCUUCACAUGAAAACCUGGCUGCUACUUCCACUUCACAGUGCUGGUUGUCUUUAAUACUACUGACCGUGAUCAUAUAAUCACUUCAAGCUCACUUCUCACUGACUUGUUCUCUAUUAAAAUCCUAAUGGAAGGCUGAUACCCCCUGUAGUGUGUGAGUUGUAACCUUGGGAACAGAGAGCGAGCGAUCACCUUCCUGUCUUGCAUAGUUGACAGCAAACCUCGUGUAUUCUGACCUAGUUGGGUCAAUGUUAUGUGUAUGGACCUGGAUAAUGUGAUGACAACAUCAUGACCUUGCUUCAGUAUACAGUGCCUUCCACUCAGGGCAGUUUCUAUCUGCACACAGAACACAUUCACAGAUCUCUCUUGAGGGGUAAAAUGAUGACAAAUUGUGUUGUGUUUGCAUUAAUUGACUUCCACCUUUUUUUAUUUAGUCCUGCAGUUAUAUGCCUCUCUUUCCAUGACGUGUUUUGUCUACCUGAAACAAUCUUCACUGCUUCCUAAAGCUGUUCUUCCUUUUUUCUUUCACUGACGACUUAAAAGUGGACCCGCAUCUCAUGGUUGCAGCUCUGACUUUGCUUGCUUUAUUAUUUGAAACUGGAAUUGUGACAGUAAAGUCCGAGGGAAUCUGCUUAGUAGCCGAUACUUCCAGCAAGGCAGAGUCGGUAUGAUGAGCAUGACUGACAUGCAGAUGACUUUUUUUAAACAUCUGGUCUGUUUGAAGACAACUGAGAAACAAGGUGUGGAUUUAUUAAUGUAGGACACACUCCUUGCAUGAACCGAUCAAUUCAAGACACUUAUAAUCAGCAUGGACAGACAUUUGCACUGCACAUGGAGGUGAUCAGGAGGUUGCACUCAGUUUGGAAUUGAAGACAUUUUGUGAUGGGAGAAGCUUUGCCUUGUGAACUAGCUCCGCUUUAUUUACACAGCCUGUUUGUAUGUCAUGUUUUCUGCCUUAGGGUCAUUUCAUUUGCCCUGAUGUGUAAUGCCAAUGCAUCACUUACGGGGACUGGCACUCAAAAUGUUACUUAAUAAUCACUCAGAGUAACACAAUCACACAAUGUUAAAAGAAAUGACAAAAUCAGUUUGUUAGGAGUUUGGUUUCCUUUGACUACUGGAAUAUAAUAAGGAAAUAUAUAAUGAAUGUAUAGUAGACAAGGGAGGGGGGGGGUAGCAUUUAAACAGCACUUACUGUAUAAGCGUGUCUCAGUUGAGUGUUGUGGUGGUAUAGAGCAGCAGUUCUCGAUGUUGGUCCUCACUCUUAAUCCUGCUCCUCAGUCCCUAGAUGAUUGCUUUUUAAGUAUUUCCUUCUGGCACCCCCAGGUGUAAGCCUGACUUGAUGGCCAGCAUGAAAACCAGCAGGUCUCUGGUGCUGAGGAUCACUGGCAUGAAGCAUCAGAGGGCUAACAUUGUUAAGAUCCUAUACCUUUCAAGUUCCAACGUAAUCCAAAUAUACACUCAUGUACUCUUACUGUAUGGAGUGACCCUUCCCUUCCUUCCCCGAGUGGGCCAUUCAUUGCAACACCGACACCUCCCUGAAAGCACAAAGUUCAGUGCACAGCUUAGAUCUUCUUAGCUUUUAUCUGGAUAUGUGUACUUGAUGAAAGUAGACCAAGGACUUGCUUGGAUGAGCACAGAGAAUAUGGUUCUAAAACGGGGAUAAUAAAUGAGACAUGCAUAUGUGAUAUGAUGUGCCUUUGUUUUCUUAUUGCGGUACAUGGAGUACCUCUUUCAAUGUGGAAAUAAUUUUUGCAUGCUUGGAGACCAAAAAACAUUUAAAAUGACUGUACAAUGUAUACACAUUUUUAACUUCUUCCAAAAACUUGCGCAAAACCUGAACUGUAUUUACUUUGGAUGCGUAUUCCUAUGCGCCAAACCUACUGGUGCGUAUGUCAAUGACAUCACAUUGGAGUGGGAUGAGCUUUCCUGUAAACAAGAGUCGCCUCCAUGCAUAAAUUUUCCCGGUGAACAAAUUACUUGGUAUAGUAUUAAUCAUGGUGUAAAUUAAAUUUCGGCUUCGGAGUGUGUACAUGACUGUCAAUAAUAACAAAUCAGCGUUGGGAGCUGCUCAAGCUGUCAUGCAUUACUGCAGACUGCUUGCUGCAGUAUUUUUACGAUGACAUCAUCCCCUUAUCCUUUUUGAGGGGUUAC